CCGCCCGCCCCGGCCAGCCCGAAAUGGCGGCGGCGGCGCUGACCCGGGAAGGGGGGGAGGACGCGUUCCGCCGGCUCUUUCGCUUCUACCGGCAGCGCGACGUGUCCGACCUGCGGGGCGUGGUGGACUUCUCCGCGCCGGGGGGCCAGGUGUUCAGAUCGCAGCUCAGCAUUUCUUCAGUCAGUGAUCAAGAUGCCUACAGAGCAGGAUUACAGCCAGUUAGCCAGUGGAAAGCCUAUGGCCUCAAUGGGUAUCCAGGGUUUAUUUUCAUACCAAACCCUUUCCUUCCUGGCUGCCAGCGACACUGGGUGAAACAGUGUCUCAAGCUAUACCCACAGAAACCCAACGUCUGCAACCUGGACCUGCACAUGGCUCCUGAGAAGACCACUGACCUGUGGGGACAGAGCAAGGAGCAGCUGAAAAGGAAAGGUUCCAGUAAACGGGAGCCCAGAAGCUUACUGGAGAAGCUGCGCUGGGUGACCCUUGGUUACCAUUAUAACUGGGAUACUAAGAAGUACUCAGCAAAUCACCACACUCCUUUCCCCUCAGACCUUGCGUUCCUGUCAGAACAAGUGGCUGCAGCCUGUGGUUUCAGGGGUUUCCAAGCCCAAGCAGGGAUCUUGAACUACUAUCAUUUUGACUCUUCACUGGGAAUUCAUGUGGAUGAGUCUGAACUAGACCAUUCUUGGCCCCUUUUAUCGUUCAGUUUUGGGCAGUCCUCAAUAUUUUUGCUUGGGGGCUGUAAGCGGGAGGAGGCCCCAACAGCGAUGUUCAUGCACAGUGGAGAUAUCAUGGUGAUGUCUGGCUUGAGCCGCCUGCUGUACCACGCUGUGCCCCGCGUGCUCCCCAACCCUGAGGGGACAGCCCUGCCUUCCUGCCUCGACCAAGCACUUCCUUCAGACCUUCCUGUUGGCUCAGUCAUUGAACACAGCUCUGAUGAGGACUGGCAGGUGUGUGCCAAGUACCUGCAGUCUUCCCGCAUUAAUAUGACUAUUCGGCAGGUGUUGGCUGAGGGUCAGAAAUUUCCAGAGGAAUCUGAGACAAAUGGAAAGGACCAAACACCUUCUGAAGACAGUCACCAUGAGAACAGCAGAGGCAAGAGACAUAAACCAAAUGCAGUCAGCUGAGACCAGGAGAUCGUGUCGGCACGGACUGGACAGGCAAGCUCCAUAUGGAAUUAGGAACUAAUGUAGUACUGCAAGUCACUUGUCUGUAUUGGGAUAAUAAACUUGUGCAGAAUAAA